AUGACCAGUUACAUCAAAUUCACGCCAAUUUCAGGUGCAAAGAACGAGGACCCGCUUUGCUAUCUGUUGGAGAUUGAUGAGGUGAAGAUCCUGCUGGAUUGUGGAUGGUCUGAUUCAUUUAGAGAAGAAGAUCUUGCAAAUUUGAAAAAAGUAGCCAAGCAGAUUGAUGCCGUGGUGCUCUCCCACUGUGAUCUUCCACAUCUGGGUGCGUAUCCAUAUGCUCGAAGCCAUCUGGGCAUGGCGUGUCAAGUCUAUGCUACUAUACCCGUUGUCAAUAUGGGCAAAAUGUGCAUGUACGACAUGUAUCAAUCAAAGACAAACGAAGUCGAGUUCAAGACAUUCACGCUGGAAGAUGUGGACAAUGCAUUUGACAAGAUCACACCCGUUAGAUACUCUCAGCCCAUCUCAUUGACAGGCAAAUGUCAGGGGAUUACCAUCACAGCAUACGCAGCAGCACAUACUAUUGGUGGUACAAUUUGGAAGAUCAAGCAAGAUACGGAGGAAAUUGUUUAUGCUGUGGACUUCAAUCAUAGAAAGGAACACCAUUUGGACGGAACAGUGCUGCAUUCUGGAGGCGUUGUAUUGGAUACGUUGACGAGACCAUCUCUGCUUAUCACAGAUUCGUACAAUUCAAAGGUAGUCCAUCCUGCCCGUAAAGACAGAUAUGCUGCCAUGUUUGACACCAUGGUGAAAUCAUUGAAAGAAGGAGGAUCCGUGCUGCUGCCCACCGAUUCGUCGGCUCGUGUAUUGGAGAUAUCCUAUCUUUUGGACCAGUAUUGGACACAGCAUCAACUCAAUUACCCUCUCAUCAUGCUAUCAAACACCAGUUAUCAUACAGCGCAUUUUGCAAAGAUCAUGCUUGAAUGGAUGGGAGAUGAUUUGACCAGGAACUUUUCGCAAUCUCGAGAAAAUCCCUACGAAUUCAAAUAUCUGCGUUUGUGCCACAAAAUAGAGGAUCUCGACAACUAUGCUGGACCCAAAGUAGUCAUUGCUAGUAACUACAGUUUAGAAACAGGUUUCGCUAGAGAACUCUUUGUGCGUUGGAUGACAACGGAAACAACGCAACACAACAAAAACAACACGUUGAUCUUGACAGACAGAUCUGGGCCUGGAUCACUAGCACGCCGACUGUACGAUGAUUGGGAUUCGCAGACAAAUACAAUAGAGAUGGAUGUCGUGGUUGCUCAUAAUCGCACAAAAUUGCCCGUCAAACCAGCCAUUGCCUAUGAAACCAGCUUGGAUUUGACUGUGUAUAAGCGUGUUCCAUUAGAAGGAGCUGAAUUACAAGAGUUUGAAAGCGCACAGAAAGCAAAAGCAGAACGAGAUGCAGCACAGGCGGCUUUGAUUGCUCGCAGUAAAACGAUCAUGGAAGACGAUGAAUCUGACUCUUCAGACAUUGACGAUGGAGAUGAGAACAUGGAGGAUUUACUAACAAAGCAGUUUGAUCUCUACGUGAGGGAUGCUGGUAAAUCUGGCGGUUUCUUCAAGCAGGCACAGAGUUACCGCAUGUUCCCAUACCUUGAGAAAAGAAAGAAAAUUGACGACUAUGGUGAAGCAAUUCAAAUUGAACAUUAUAUGAAGGCUUCUGAUUUCGAGCGAAUUGAGCAAGAAAAGAAGAGUUUGGGCGAGGGAGCUAAUUUCGGCAAGGAGGACGAAAUGAUGGUGGAUAUUGACGAACCUCUUUUGCCUGGAAGAGACGAAACACCGACAAAAUACACAUCCAAUGACGAGAAAUUGACCAUACAAUGUCUGUUGCGAUAUGUUGAUCUGGAAGGUUUGUCAGAUGGCAGAUCCAUGAAGACCAUUUUGCCACAGAUUGCGCCCAGAAAAUUGAUCAUUGUCCAUGGUUCUCAAUCUUCUACCGAGGAUCUUGCCACAGCAUGCCAAGGCAUGGAUCACUUUACCAAAGAGAUAUUUACGCCUUCAGUGAGCGAGGUGUUGAACGUGUCAGCUGCAACAAACAUUUAUAGAGUCAAAUUAACAGAUAGCAUGGUCAGCUCAUUACGAUUCUCCAAGCUGGAUGAGUAUGAACUGGCUCGCGUGGUUGGUCGCAUCCAUUUCCCGGAUGACUCCACUACCCCUUCACUCGAUGUGGCAGUGUCUGAUGGACCCACUCCAUGGGAGCCCUCUGUGUUUGUAGGCGAUGUUCGGUUAACUGAAUUCAAAAAGAUCUUGCAGGCCGAGGGUAUCCAAGCUGAAUUCAAGGGCGAAGGUAUAUUAGUGUGCAAUGACCAGGUCGCUGUUAGAAAGACUGGAACUGGUCAGUUGCUUGUUGAAGGUGCCAUUUCAAUGGAUUACUACAAGAUCCGUUCCUUAUUAUAUUCCCAACAUGCUAUUUUGUAA